CCCCUUGUGUCCCCCGUGGCGGUGGAGAGGGUGUCUCCUCUCAGAGGAGGAGCGGACCUCUCCUGCACCUGUCCCCUCAGCGGCGCUGCCAAAGCCGGAAACUGGACAUUGGAAACCGGAACUCGGCUUCACAAUGAGGCUUGGAGCACAGGUGGAGCCGCUUCAUCCAUCAUCUGUGCUCGCCGCUCGCCACACAGGAAUUUCUCCUCGCAUUUGGAGAGUGGUUUUUUCAAGCCCUGG